ACAAAUUAUAAUGAGGAAACGUUCAGUAAUUAUUACUUAAUAAUAACUCGUAAUUAAACCUAAAAAUAUGAUAAAAAGUGUUUAGACCUUUGAAUAAAUGAAUGUUAUAAAUACUAAUAAAAUGCUUGUUGAAGACAACAUGUGAAUAUAUAAUAGUAAGAUUUAUCAAUACGGCAUUUAAUGCAGAAAGAAUAAUGGGAUUACUUCACAAUAUAUCCGAGAUUGGCAUCUAAAGUGAAAUGUCAUCCUUGAAAAUUGCAGUUCUUGGAGAGAGUGGCGUAGGGAAAUCAGCGGUGACGGUUCGGUUUCUAACAAGACGAUUCAUAGGAGAAUACCACUCUGACUCUGACCUUUUGUACAAGUCUAAGUUGAAACAGGAUGACCAUUUCACCGACAUCGAGUUACUGGACACUUGCUCAAAGAGGGGCACGACUCCCCUAGAAUCGCACAUGCAAUGGGCGGAUGGGUUCGUGGUGGUAUACGACGUGUGCGACCGGAAGUCGUUCACGACCGCCCGUCGCGUGCUCAACAGGCUUCAUCGCAUGCGCAAUCCUUUCAUCAUGCCCGUGGCCUUGUUGGCGAAUAAAAUAGAACUGGACCACAGGCGCUUGGUCGGUGUAGACGAAGGCCAUGAGCUAGCUCUAGAGUUCGCAUGCCAGUUUUAUGAGGUGUCCGCGGCGGAGACGCCCUUAGCGGUAAACGUGGCGUAUCAGGCGCUCCUCCGAGACGCUAGGAUCACGCAGCAGCAGCGAUCCAACAUCCUGAGUCGUCGCCGCUCCUCGCUUCUCACGGUGUCCAAGAAGCUUGGAUCCAUAUUUGGCAAGAAGGACGCGGAGAAACGAACAUCACGUGACGCGCUUCCGGAUUUCGCAUUGUCUAUUUGAGUUAAGCUCAAAAGAGAAAGAAAAGUGGUAAUUGAUAAUAAAAUAUG